UAGUUAUUGGUAAAUUUAAAAAUAAACUUAAAAAGUUUGCAAAAAUGUCAACAAAAAGUAAAGUUGCCCAAGUUGAACUGAGGCCCAACAGAAGAUUGCUCGAUUCGAAAUUUGAAUCUUACAAAUUAUCGCUCGCUCCCAUCCCAUCAUACAAGGCCCCUAUAUCUUGUAGGGUGCAUUUAGUAAGGGUGGGAGAUGAUAAUUUUUCUUAUGAGAAAAUCAAGUGCCUGACGUUGCAUAACUACCUAACACUGGACCAAUGGCAUCCUGAUAAUGUCUAUUUUGUUGACAGUGAUGGUUGCAUUAGAAGAUUUCAUGUCCAGCUUGAGAUGCAUAUAGAACCAUCAUUUGCUGUGUUCAGUUUUGGUUUUCAACGUUUGGGAAUGAAAAGCAAUCUGCCGCCAACUUUACACUUCGCGUCUGAGGAAAUCUGCAUUGCGUGCGACGGCAUGAGAAGUGUUUAUGUUCUGCAGACGGGGGAUCGAAAUAAUCGGUAUUCCAACACCUGGAAAGAGUUGUAUAAGCACGUGGAAGCCAGUAGUGCACCUUUCAUCUUACAUUCUGUACAUAGAAAGAGCACUGAUGAAUCAAACAUUGAAUAUCUGGAUUGCUUGUUCUUAAAAUUUGUAGAAAAAAUGCAAAAACCGAGUGAAAAUGGGAACUCCGAUGAAGCUACAGAAACUGUCAUUGAAUGGGUUAGUUUGGGGAAAAGACCAGAAGAAGAAAAGUUUCAGUUACUUGGUGUACGGAUGUUUCAAGGUAAAUCAUUCCCAUGUUACGCUUCACUGCUGCAAGAUUGCUCAGAAAUGCAUCUUGCAUCAGAUUCGCCGUUUAGUUUCAUUCCAAGCUGGUGUUCAGAUUUAAACGCUGACCUUUCCCUUCCUGGAGAACUUGCCAAUGAAGAGACUGUUGAGGAUAAAGAUGCUCCUUAUGAGUGGAAACAAACGGAGGAAGAUGUGACUGUGUUUAUUAAACUUCCCCCUGAUGUUACAACUAAAUCUAUCACGUACAGUUUAAGCAAAACAAAAGUAAGUAUUGGUAUACGUGAGACUGAGGAUGCACAAGCAAACAUUAUUCUGGAAGGAGAUUUGUAUUUGGAGGCAGAACCCGAGUCAAGUAACUGGAUAGUUAGUGAUGGAAAAUUGGAAGUUACGAUACAGAAGAGGAUCGAAGGAAGAACUUGGAUGAGUGUGGUGGAUGGAGACAACCGUGGAAAGAUGAUUGUAGAUCCUGAGGAAGUUGAGAAGAUACAUAAGAAGCUUGAGCAUCUAACUUCAGAUACAUUGGAGUCAGGUGAACCUCAAGGCCAGAUCUACAGUGGAGAUCAGUUGGAGGAAUGUGACUCGUAUUAUAACUCUUCUGCUGCUUUGGUGUGCUUCAAUGCGACUGCUGAAGCAGUUACUAAAUCAGCUGAUAUUAGUAGCACGAAGUGGCUUUUCAAUGCUGUGUUGGACCCGAGUCGACCUGCAGCUUUUGUAUUGAGACAUGACGUUGAUGCGAUUGUAUGGCAACCAUCAGUGACUGGCAAUAACACAUCCUGGCAUCAUCUUGCAACAUUCAAUGCACUUGGUUAUGUUCAUGCAUCCAAAAACAAUUUGAAGUUUUGCUCAUGCGCUCCUGACACCUCUUACGCAGCAUUAUGCGACUGCCAGCGUCGUAUCUACAUUUACAGACAACCGACUGCACUUUCCUCGCCGUUAAGAAACCGAAUGUCUGGGGAAGUAGUCGGUAAUAUUGCAACACAACAGGUCACAACAUUGGACAAUAAUGCUGACAUUCUUGGUUUUUGUACUUCUAAUUCCCGCAUGUUUGUUCUUAUGCAAAAUGAACUCGUUAUUUUUAAAGUGAGCUCAGAUGUUGGUGCGUAAACUAUUAUGUGGGCCAUGUGACCCAAUGAACUAACUCUUCGUCUGUGUGCUGUGGCGCAGCGAGGAACAAAUAUUGGAGGAGAUUUUCCAAAAAAAUGUUUUAAAUAUUGUUUGGACAAAUUUAAAAUUAACAAAAAAAGUGGGUUGUCACCCCGCUUACCCUCCCUUAACUGUUCCACUUCCUGUGUAUAUUAUACUGGUUGCCAAUAAUAUCAUUUUUCAUACUUCUAG